AAUAUUUCAACGGACACAAGAAGCAUAAAAAAAGGUGAUUUAUUUAUUGCCCUCAAGGGAAAGAAUUUUGAUGGCCAUAAUUUUUUGCAUGAAGCGUUUUUAAAAGGGGCUGUCGCUGCAAUAGUGAGUGAGGGUAAAUAUAAAAGUUUCCCUCUCAUGAUUGUACAAGAUACCCUGAAAGCUUUGCACGAUAUGGCAUCAUACUACAUUAGAAAUGUUCUUAUUGAUGCUAAAGUUAUUGCAGUUACAGGCAGUGUCGGGAAAACCACUACAAAGGAUAUGCUGCAUACUGUUUUAUCGCAAUAUGGAGUGUCCCAUGCAAGCGAAGGUAACUUAAAUAAUAAUAUAGGAUUGCCUUUGACAAUUCUGAAAGCUCCAAAAAACUGCCAGUACUUAAUUCUUGAAAUGGGAAUGAAUAAAGUUGGUGAAAUAAAAGAAUUAUCAAAAAUUAGUAAUCCGAAUAUUGCAGUCAUUACCAACAUCGAACCUGCACAUACUGAAAAUUUUUCAUCACUAUUUGACGUUGCACAAGCGAAGUUAGAAAUUCUGUAUGGUAUGAAAAAUAACGGUACUUUGGUUUUAAGCAGAGAUAAUAAAUAUUAUGAUUAUCUCUCAUCACACGCCAAUAGAAAUGUAAUAAGCUUCGGUAAAGAUAAAAAUGCUGAAGUUUGUUUACUAAACUUAAUAAGAAACGGCGCUGGAAUGACAUCAAACCGAGUUGCUAAUAGAUUAAGUUUAAAAAUCAGGCUGAGUGAUAAUCAAAUUAUAAACUGUAAUUUACGUGUACAAGGUGAGCAUUUUGCUUAUUCGCUACUUGCUGUUGCAGCAGUUGUGCAAAGCCUCGGACUUGAUUUAUCAAAAUUACCACUUGCACUUAAGAAUUUUAGUGUAGCGAAAGGUAGAGGCAAUAUUCAUAAGGUCAAAUGCAAUAAAAAAUAUAUACAUUUAAUUGAUGACUCCUAUAACGCCAGCCCUGCUUCGAUGAAAACUGCAAUAAAAACUUUGAGUACAUAUUCUAAUCAGAGAAAAGUAGCUUUGCUUGGUGAUAUGUUGGAACUUGGUGAUGAAAGCAUAGAGUUUCAUACAGAUUUGGUUAAGAUUAUCACAGAAAAUAAUAUAGAUAAAGUUUAUACAGUUGGUAAAUUUAUGUUAGAAUUGCAUGAGCUUUUGCCAGAUAAUAUAAGAGGCACGCAUUUUAAUGAUUCUAAUCAAUUGAAAAGUGAUUUAGCUAACAUUAUUCAGAAUAAUGACGCAAUUCUAGUUAAAGGCUCACGAGGAAUGAAAAUGGAUCUUAUUGUACGGGAAUUCGUAAUAAAAUAUUAAGCGAAAUCAUUGUAUUAAUUUACAGUAACAAAUUAUUAGGAACUUUAAUUGUGACAAAACGUGUAAUUAUUUUUGGUGGAACGGGGUUUAUAGGGAAACACAUCGUAAGACGCUUGGCAGCAGAAGGAUAUUUAAUAAAGAUAUUCACUCGUAAUCAGGAAAAAGCUGCUUGUUUAAAAUUGUGUGGCAAUUUAGGACAAAUAUCAAUAUUUAAAGGCGAUUUUUUUGAUGAAAAAUCAGUUCUGGAGGGUAUGGAAGAAUGUGAUGUAGCUAUAAACUUAGUGG